UAAUUGACCACUGACAUUGAACAUUGAUUAUUAUCAAAACAUUACUAACUAUGUGAUGUCUGAAAUAUUCCAGCCUCAGGCCGCUCCAGAUCCAGGAGAGCUGCUUCCACUCAGACGGCUGGUCUGGAGGUUUGGAGACUCAGUUCUGAUGAUUUAGCUCCUCUGUCUUCUGAGUUUUCUGGUUCUGUGUUCACAGGUCAGGAUCACAGGAAGAGGGAGAGGCAGAGCGGCAGCCAGCAAAGCCCAGAUGGUGGAUUGUCAGGCCGCUCCAGAUCCAGUCAGAGAGCCGGAGAAUCGAGUCUUAGCAGCAGAGGGACGUACAUCGUUGAGUGGAGGUGGAGUGGCGACGGAUCGGACGGCCCAAGUGGACAGGACAGUUGUGGCAACUGGAGUUUGUCCAGGUCCGACAGCCUCCAAGAGAUGAUGUGUCCUCCGCUGCCAGGUCAAGUUCCUCUGGAGCCAACAGUGACUUCCAAUGGCCUAACAGCUCAUGGUGCCGUGGAGGCGUCUCCUGCGAACAAGAGCUCAACAGAAAAACCUACAGAAUAUAGGGAGAGGAAAGGAAUUUGUGGUUUCCUCAGGAGCGUGUGGAAGGCUCUGAAACAUCAUUUCGGCUGCUGUCGUCACAGCAGUGCUGUGGAUGUUGUGGAGCCUUUCGUCCCUCCACCAGAUCUGGACCCAGAGCCUGAUCCAGAUCACUCAGCCGUCAAGCCAAAUAAUGGGUCCUUUGCGUCUCUCUUCAAGGUAGGAAAGAUGAUUGGAUCCGGGGGAUUUGGCAGGGUGUACGAGGGAAAACGGAAAUUUGAUGGCAAAAAGGUUGCCAUCAAGCAGAUCAGCAAGACUGACAACAAUCGUUAUCUUGAUAUUCCUGGGCAUCCCGAACCUCUCGUAACAGAAGUGGCGCUGCUGCUAAUGAUGAGGCAAGAACCCAGAAGCCCCUACGUCAUACAGCUGUACGAGUGGUUUGAACACCCUCGAAAAUUCACUCUCGUCAUGGAGUACCCCGAACCUUGCGAGAGCUUGCUGGACUUCAUCAUCCGUAACCCUGAACUGGAUGAACCAACGGCACGGGUCAUCAUGAGACAGGCUGUGCUGGCGGUACAACACUGCAUCGAACAUGGCGUUUUUCAUAAUGACGUUCAUGCGGAAAACUUCCUGAUGAAGAAAAACACGUUAGAGCUCAAGCUGAUAGACUUUGGCUGCGGUCAGCUACUUAGUAGUGACGGCUACGAGAGCAGAAUAUACCUUGGAUUAAUGGCUUACUGCCCACCUGAAGUCUUCACAGAUACGAGAUUCCACGCCGUCCCAACAAAUGUCUGGACUCUAGGAGUGUUGUUAUAUGAGAUGGUGAACGCAUGUUCUCCUUUUGGCAAUAGAAUGGAAAUCACACAAGCCAAAGUUACAUUUAGGAACUCCAACUUAUCCAAAGGAAAUAACAUACUUGCUGUCCUUGGUGGAGGGCUUGAGCUCGUGACGUGACCCGAAGCCCGAAAUCCAACUUCAACUCGACAGGGAACUCAAGCCGCCACACCAGAGAGCUCAGAGCCUGGCAACACGGGGGAUCUUUCGGACAGUGAAUCGAUCAAGAACAAUU